UUCACACUAUAAAAUUAGUCUGCAUCCACAAUAACAGGAGGAAACAUGACACCACAUGCAAAUAUUAUGAGCUCCUUCACCAUGACCAUGGGAUCUUUCAUUACCAUUGUGCUAUUUCUUGCCCUUCUGAUUCAGAUACAUGGGAAAUUGGGAAUGAUGAUGAUGAUCUUAACCACCACCACCAAAAGCAGGAGGCAAGAGCAACAUGGUUUGGAAAUAGUGGUUGUGAUUUGUUUAAGGGGAAAUGGAUUUAUGAUGAAUCAUACCCUCUUUAUGAUUCCACACACUGUCCAUUUAUUGAGAAGCUUUUUGAUUGCCAAAAGAAUGGCAGACCACACAAAUUCUAUCUCAAGUAUAGAUGGCAGCCUACUGGGUGCAACUUACCAAAGAUUCAAUGGUAAAGAUUUCUUAAGAAGAUACAGAGGGAAGAGUAUCAUGUUUGAGGGGGACUCAUUGAGUUUGAAUCAAUGGCAAUCACUCACUUGCAUGCUCCACACAGCUGUGCCACAUGCCCACUAUACCUUAGUGAAGACUGGAGGUCUCUCCAUUUUCACCUUCACGGCCUAUGAUGUUAAGGUGAUGUUCUCACGCAAUGCAUACCUAGUGGACAUUGUUAGUGAAAGUAUUGGUCGAGUGAUGAAACUAGAUUCUAUUGAAGCUGGAAAAAUGUGGAAAAACAAGGAUUUAUUGAUAUUUGACUCUUGGCAUUGGUGGCUUCACACAGGAAGAAGACAAGCAUGGGAUUUCAUUCAAGAAGGGAAUCAUACAUUAGUCAAAGACAUGGAUCGCUUGGUUUUGUAUGAGAAAUCUUUGAAUAGAUGGGCAAAAUGGGUUUAUCACAAUGUUGUUCCUACCAAAACAAGGGUACUCUUCCAAGGAGUUUCUCCAGAUCAUCUAAAUGCAGGGCAAUGGGGAGAUCCAGAAGCAAAUUCAUGUAAAGGGCAAACUAGGCCACUUUUAGGAUUCAAGUAUCCAGGAGGUCCACACCCAGCAGAGCUAGUAUUAGAGAAAGUCCUUAGAACCAUGCAAAAGAGAGUGUAUUUGCUCAACAUUACUACCCUAUCCCAGCUGAGGAAGGAUGCUCACCCUUCAGUUUAUAGAGGGCAUAAGGGUAUUGAUUGCACCCAUUGGUGCUUAGCUGGUGUUCCUGAUACUUGGAACCAACUUUUAUAUGCAACUCUCAUUCAAAAUUAAGUGCUUAUUCAUCAAUAAAACAGGUUCCUAACAAACAUGUAUUUUUAGUUCACUAGGAUUGUACACCCGUGCUAUGCACGGAGAAACGAUUUUAUAAUUUAUUAAAAUGAA